CAACGUUCCGCGCUGCCCAUCAUGUCCCUAAGCUGCAGCCUCUCGCGUCUCCGGACGCAAGUGCAUUUCGUUCUGAAAAAGUCUGUCCACUCGGUGGCUGUGAUCGGAGCCCCGUUCUCACGGGGACAGUGACCCACGAUCAACUGUGGUCCGAAAAUGUCAAAUUGAAAUUCUAGAAAUAAGCAAUUCACAAGUUUUCAAUUGCACCCUAUUGCGAGCAGCUGUGAUGAAUCUCAAGCAGUCCUGCUCUGUCCUGUCCAGGAUCCUUUGUCGGAAAAGAAAAGGAGUGGAACAUGGUCCUGCUGCUAUCAGAGAAGCUGGCUUGAUGAAAAGGCUCUCCAAUUUGGGCUGCCACCUGAAGGACUUUGGAGAUUUGAGUUUCACUCCAGUCCCUAAAGAUGAUCUGUACAACAACCUGAUAGCAAAUCCUCGCUCGGUGGGCCUCGCCAACCAGGAACUGGCUGAGGUAGUUAGUAGAGCAGUAUCAGGUGGCUACAGCUGUGUCACAGUGGGAGGAGACCACAGCUUGGCAAUUGGUACCAUCAGUGGCCACGCCCGGCACUGCCCAGACCUUUGUGUGAUCUGGGUUGAUGCCCACGCUGACAUCAAUACACCCCUCACCACUUCAUCUGGAUGUCUCCAUGGACAGCCGGUUUCAUUUCUCCUCCGAGAACUACAGGACAAGGUGCCACAGGUCCCAGGAUUUUCCUGGAUCAAACCUUGUAUCUCUUCCCCAAGUAUUGUGUAUAUUGGUCUAAGAGAUGUGGACCCUCCUGAACAUUUUAUUUUAAAGAAUUAUGAUAUCCAGUAUUUUUCCAUGAGAGACAUAGAUAGACUAGGUAUCCAGAAGGUCAUGGAACAGACAUUCGAUCUGCUGAUUGGCAAAAGACAAAGGCCAAUCCAUCUGAGCUUUGAUAUUGAUGCAUUUGACCCUACACUGGCUCCAGCCACAGGAACUCCUGUUGUAGGGGGACUGACCUAUCGGGAAGGCAUGUAUAUUACUGAGGAAAUACACAACACAGGGUUGCUGUCGGCACUGGAUCUUGUUGAAGUUAAUCCUCAGCUGGCUGCUUCAGACGAAGAAGCCAAGGCUACCGCUGGCCUGGCAGUGGAUGUGAUUGCGUCAAGUUUUGGUCAGACAAGGGAAGGAGGGCACAAUGUCUAUGACCAACUUCCUACUCCCAGUUCACCACAUGAAUCAGAAAGUGAAGAACGUGUGAGAAUUUAGGAAAUACUGUAUGCUGACACGUUCGUCACAAUGGGCAUUCCAGAGUUGUGAGGUGUUUAAGGUGGCAGAUACUACAUGGUCAUC